GUGUGGCCUGGCCAGCUGGGAUGUCUGUUUUUUUUUUUUUUCUUCUCUCCUUCCAGAGACUUACUGCUUCUUCUUUCAUUUCGAGACCACAAAAAACUGUUUACCUCCCAGCUUGAACAGACAGGACAAAACUCAACAUGUAGCUAAAUUUUCUCGGUUUAUCUGAGCGAGCACGUAAAGUGAGCAUGAACUGCACGUACGCACGCACGCAGAGCUCUGCCGGCUCUAAAAACCAUCCGUUAGCAUGCUAGCUAACGAGCUAACUUUUACAGCUUCGGUUGUUUUUCCAGAGGAUAAUUCACACGGUUAUAGAUUGAAUUAAAGUCUUUUUGUUGAUGGUAAUGUGAACCAAGGUGAAAUGGAGCCAUUCCAGCCUCGGUAAUCUAAUUUCUCCAGACAUGUUGAGGUUACUCGGGAUUAAAUUUGCCAUUUACUGCGGUUGGACUUAAACUCGUCAAGUUUCCGGAGCCUCCAGUCCUUAAACUCCUGUGGCGAUGGAUGAGAAAUACAGCAGCAACGUGCUCUCCAGUGGGAAACUGGGCAUGGUCGAGGUGCCUAACGCCAGGUUAACCAGGUACUUAGUUUUACUGCUCAUCUCCAAGGUCCUCAAGGCGCUUGGGAUCUUUGAAUCAUACGAUAUUCUCAAAGUUGUCCACAUUGUCCAGUUUAUCUUCAUACUAAAAUUAGGGAGUGCUGUUAUUUUGCUUUUCUUCCAAAAGCCUUUCUCUUCUGGCAAAGUCAUCUCAAAAAGACAGUGGAUAAAGUUACUAAAACACGCUGUUAUCAGCUGCAUCAUUUCCCUCUUGGGUUUCUUCGGUCUCACUCUCUGUGGACCUUUGAGGACCUUGUUGCUUUUUGAGCACAGCGAUGUGGUCGUCAUCGCUCUCCUCAGCGUGCUGUUCACAAACUCAGGAGGGGGGCCGUCGAAGACCAGAGGAGCUGCCUUCUUCAUCAUCGCUGUGAUCUGCCUUCUCCUCUUCGACAACGAUGAUCUCAUGGCAAAGAUGGCCGAGCACCCUGAGGGACAUCAUGACAGCGCCCUCACUCAUUUCCUUUACACAGCCAUUGCAUUUUUAGGGGUUGCAGAUCACAAGGGUGGAGUUGUGUUGCUGGUGGUGUCUCUGUGCCUGAAGGUCGGCUUCCACACCGCCUCUAGGAAAUUAUCAGUGGAAAUCGGAGGAGCCAAACGCCUGUACGCCCUCGACAACCUGGUUUCUGCCAUGGUCCUGCUGCCCUGGGUCAUGGUGCUGUCAGCUACUACAGAAAGCAAGGUGGAGUCGUGGUCGUCCCUCAUCCUGCCUUUCGGGAUGAUUGUCUUCUCAGUGAUGAUCCUGGAGUUUUACGUGGAGUCCAUCUGCAGUGCAAAGAUGGAGACACCGAGGUGCGCCCGCUACGGCACCAUCUCUCUCUUCCUCAGUGCCCUGCUGCUGGCCAACUUCUGGACCCACCCGCUGACCGACCAGCUGCGCUCCAUGAGCAAACCCCCGCAGCAGGACAGCACAGAGCACGUGCUCUCUGGAGGAGUGCUCGUCAGCGCCAUCUUCUUCAUCAUGUCCUCCAGUAUUCUCUCCUCUCCAUCAAAGAAAGGACAGAAGGGCACCUUGGUCGGCUACUCGCCUGAAGGGACGCCGCUGUACAACUUCAUGGGCGACGCCCUGCAGCACACAUCCCAGUCCCUUCCACGUUUCAUCAAAGAUUCGCUCAAACAGAUCCUGGAGGAGUACGACUCCAGGCAGAUCUUCUACUUCCUCUGCCUGAACCUGGCUUUUACAUUCGUGGAGCUCUUCUACGGCGUGUGGACCAACAGCCUGGGUCUGAUAUCCGAUGGCUUUCACAUGCUGUUCGACUGCUCCGCUUUGGUCCUGGGCCUUUUCGCUGCCCUCAUGACUCGCUGGAAAGCCACCAGGAUCUUCUCCUAUGGGUAUGGUCGUGUUGAGAUUCUCUCUGGGUUCAUCAACGGCCUGUUCCUGAUGGUCAUAGCUUUCUUUGUCUUCGUUGAGUCCAUCACACGACUGGUGGAUCCUCCUAAUAUCAACACAGACAUGCUGACUCCGGUGUCGGUCGGAGGCUUGCUGGUCAACUUGGUGGGUAUCUGCGCUUUCAGCCACGCCCACUCCCAUGGCGGCAAAAGCUGUUCGUCGCACGACCACGGCCACUCGCACCACGGGCACAGCCACAGCGAGCACAGCCACGGAGGACACGGACAUUCACAUGGAGGCCACGGGCACGGCGGGCACGGCGGACACGGCGGACACGGCGGACACGGGCACUCUCACGGCUCGGGGGGUGGAGGCAUGAACGCCAACAUGAGAGGAGUUUUCCUCCACGUUCUGGCGGACACUUUGGGCAGCGUCGGUGUGAUCAUCUCCACCAUCCUCAUCCGCCAGUUCGGCUGGUUGAUUGCGGACCCGAUUUGCUCGCUCUUCAUCGCCACCCUCAUUUUUCUCAGCGUCAUCCCGCUGCUGAAGGACGCGUGUGAGGUUCUGCUUUUACGAACUCCUCCAGAACAUGAGAAGGACCUGAACAGCGCUCUGGAAAAGAUUGAAAAGAUCGAAGGAGUGCUGUCGUACCGAGACCCGCAUUUCUGGAGGCAUUCAGCCAGCGUCAUCGCCGGGACGAUUCACCUGCAGAUUAUGUCGGAUGUCGUGGAGCAGAGGAUCAUACAACAGGUGACUGCCAUUUUGAAAGACGCCGGGGUGAAUAAUCUCUCUGUCCAAGUGGAGAAGGAGGCCUACUUCCAGCACAUGUCUGGACUCAGCACAGGAUUUCAAGAAGUGCUGGCCAUGACGCAGCAAAUGGAGUCCAUGAAAUACCUAAAGGAUGGGACGUGUAUUAUGUAACCUCCAUCUGUGGGACCAAACAAAACUUUACCGCUUCUCUCUCUCUCUCUCUGUCCAUUUUUCAAUGAAAUGUAUAUGUGUGUGGUUCAUGUAAAAUAAAUCUGAAUAUAUUGAUUUUACCUUUUUGUUUGAGCUGCAUUUGUUUUCUCGUGUGGUGUAAAUAGGAAAAUCCAUUUUUAAUUUUUGUUGUUUAAAAAGUUUGGCUUUUAUUUAAGAGCAUUGAGAAGAUCGCUCACUCAGUGUGAUUGAGACUGGCUUAAUUUUUAUGUAUUUAUUUAUUGAUUGAUUGAUUUUCAGUCUUUUUUUUGGACACGAGAGCAUACUGUCUGGAGAUAUUUUGAUAUAAAGUUACUCUCAGCUCUCAGGACACACCACUGAAACGAUGCAGCUGAAAUACAUCUAGAAUAUCCACACAUCAGCAAUAACAUGACUGAACACCAUGCUGUUGCCCAUGUGAAUAAAUACUGUUAAAGCUACUACCACAACAUA